AUGGAGGCACUUCACACCGGUGCAGGUAUUGCUACAUUGUCCACCAGUUUAGGAAUCCAAAGAGAUAUUGCCGAUAUCUUGACACGUCAAUCUUUCUUGAUCAUGGUCGCUAAGGCUUUGAUCCUAUACGGAGCGCCAACACACAGGAUCGAGGAGACAUGUGCUUUAAUGGCGAGGAAGCUGGAUAUCGAUGCAUCUUUUGCCCUCCUUCCUGGCUUGAUGACCAUCUCCUUUAGUGACCCAGCGACGUACACGAGCGACACAAGGCAUUUGCGGUGCACACAGGGCAUGGAUAUGAAUAAACUCUCAAAGGUUUACACCAUCGCAUUGGACGUGCUGCAUGGCAGGAGUGCUGAAGAAGCGAAUAAAGCGCUGGAAAAAGUUACGACUGAACAGGGCUACUACCCUGUUUGGGUCACUGUCGCCUCUUGGAUGGUUUCUGCUGCAUUUGUAGCACCUUUGGCCUUUAAUGGCAGUUGGUUAGAUACGGCUUUGGCAGGACUUUGUGGAUUGUUGGUUGGUCUAUUGGGAGUGGUCGCCGCAAAGUAUCCUGUCUAUGGAAAUGUGUUUGAAGUGACUUCGAGCAUUUUGGUCGGCUUUAUUGCCAAGGCAUUUGGAGACCGAGUAUGCUUUUCUGCAGUCGCACUGGCCGGCAUUGUAGUCCUUUUACCCGGAUUAUUAUUGACUCAAGCGAUCAUGGAGCUGGCUUCAAGGAAUAUUGUCUCUGGCGCAGUCAGAAUGUUUUAUGCCCUAAUGUACGCUUUUUUCUUGGGAUUCGGGCUAACACUUGGAGCAGAGAUAUGGGGUGCUGUAAGUCAUUCAUGUGAUUCUUCGGUAUCUCCUUCAUCUUCUGCCUGUGAACAUGCUGUGAAUCCCUGGUGGCUUUUCCUCAUUUUCCCUGUUGUUUCCACGUCAAUCAACAUUGUCUUCAAUGCUCAUCCAAGUCAAUGGCUUGGUAUGACUCUAGUGACGGCUGUCGGGUUCACGAUCUCUUAUUUUAUGCCGGCGAAGCCUCAUGUAACACCAGCGGUAGCUGCGUUCGCUGUUGGUAUUACAGGGCAAGCCUAUGGACGAUUGACUGGACAACUUAGUUAUGUUCCAUUGCUGAGCGGUGUGCUAUUAUUGGUACCCGGAAGUGUUGGCGUCCGAGGUGUCCUCGCAAUCAUAGGGAGCAAUGCAGAUCAAGGUUUCCAGUUUGCCUUGCACAUGGUUAAUAUUUCCGUUAGCAUCACUCUUGGAGUGUUUUGCUCCUCAUUAGUAUGGUACCCAUUCUGGCGCAAGAGUACAUUUAUGAAUUUCUAA